GUCGCGUUCCGCCCCGCAGGGUCACCACAGGAAGUUAAUAGACGUCACGUCCGUCACCACCCCCUCCGACGGUGGCCGAAGGGCUGCGGCGGCCGUGGUGAUGUUGCUUCCCCCUGCACUAUAUUCCCGCCUGGCCGGGGAGCCAGGGGCAGCCGAACCACUGCCCGUGGAGCGGAACCCUGCGGCUGGGAAAGCACCCUUCCGAUUCGCGCCACGUACCGUGCGCUUCCCGCGGGAUCAUGAAUUCUUCGAGGAUGGGGAUGUGCAGCGGCACCUGUACUUGCAGGACAUGCUCACGCAAGUGUCCGAAACGCCGGAAAAAUCCAUGGUGCCUGAGUUCACCUGUCAGGUGGCUGGCUGUUGCCAAGUGUUUGCCGCCUUAGAAGACUACCAGCACCACUACCACAUGAUGCAUGGAAACACCUGCUCCUUCUGCAACCGUGCCUUCCCCUCUGGGCAUUUGCUGGAUGUCCACAUCCUGGAAUGGCAUGACUCUCUGUUUCAGAUCCUAGCCCAGAGGCAAGACAUGUACCAGUGCUUGGUUGAAAGCUGCCCAGAGAAGUUCAAGACCAGCCAAGACCGGAAGGAUCACAUGGUGAGGCUACACCUGUACCCUGCGGAUUUCCGAUUUGAUAAGCCCAAGACAAACAGAGGCCCAGCCAGGCCUGCUGCAGCAGACACAGCAGCCAGAGCCCUGAGAGAUGACAGUGACGCCAUGGAGAUCUGCUCUGAGCCUGCUGCCCCACCUCCCUGCCGGCGGACCUACAGUCACAGAAUACCUUCUACUGUCUGUUUUGGCCAGGGUGCAGCCAGAGGGUUUAAAAGCACCAAGAAAAAAAACAAACACCACUGAUGGAUUCUGGCUAGGAAAGCCCAACAGACUUUCGGGGAGUGGUGUGCCAGGGCCUUUCUCUUGCUUCUGGAUCAAUGCCCUGAGCUGGGCCCUUGCCACCUCCUUAUUUCCAUCUCUGGUCACUUGAAGCAACCAGUGUGUAGAAACUCAGAAUCUGCAGAUUCCAGAAACAACCAGGACACACUGAGGGCGAGAGAUGGAGAGGCCACCUACCUGCUCUGCAGUGGCUACUGUAAGAAUGUCACGAUUAAGCAUCUGUAAUAAAUUCUUUUUCACUGA